GUGGCGUCCUUCAAGGCUUUCAUUUUGCUUGCUCCUUUUGAUAUCUAGUCAUGCCAAACCUUCGAAAUAGUCUGAACUUGGCACAUUCAAGCAGCUUACUUGCAGGACAAGUUCCAGACUCAAGCAUGAUGACUGUGUCAAGCACUGCAGAGCCAAUAGUGCGGAGUCUCUCAUACCUGACAGACAAGGUGAACUAUCCUGACCAUGUGUUUAUCAAUGCAGCAAAAAUCUUCCAGAAUAUUCACAUAAAGAGACCUCCAGAUCGGAUCAUGGUGAAAUAUGCCAAUGAUUUGGAACAUUCCAUUCCAGAGUUCACCGAUGAAAAAUCUCAACGCUGGUCUUACGAACUGGCUUUCAGUGCCCUAAAAUACCAAGACCUUCUUGAAAAUAUAUUAUUAGACAGUGGUUUCUAUUAUUCUCAACUGGUGGGCGAUGAAAUGACCAGUUUGGUUGUGGUCAUGCUGUAUGAUUUCCAGGAUCGAAAAUUCCAACCUCGUUAUGCAUAUGAUAAUGACGAAAUCAUAGAAGAUGUGCGAGAAGUUGAAAAGCUUUUGUACAGAUCUAGAACAAAACUGGCUGCUUCUCUUGCAAGAAGUCGAAUAAAAUAUUCUGCUCCUGCUAUUGAAUACAUACUACCUGAGAAUGUACGGAAAGAAGAACUGAGAGCAUCAAAGUUACCCCUCUAUGCAUGGGUCAAUACAGCCAAAACCAGCCUCACAGAAGUUGUCGACGUAUUGAACAGCCAAAGAUUUAUAGAAGUAAAGUCCCCUGCAGAGAUGGAUAAUUAUAGCUACUGCAUGGACAAGCAGUUCCAAAAUGUACUUGUUUUCCCUCCACACCUCAAAGAGGAACUGAACAACUUAGAUCUCUUUAUUGAUAACAAACUCGUACUACAGGAUAAGUCACACUGCCUUGCAGCACAUUCUCUGAGAGCGUUAAUGAAUAUGGAUGAUGAUAUCAUAAUCGCCAAUCCGUGUCCAGGGUUUACUAUUGCUCACAUAUCUGUCCUCACCAAUCAGAGUGCCUGCAACAUAUAUGUUUGUGGAAUUAAAUCUGAGACAAGGAAACAUGAAUUGCAGGAGUUGUUCUUAAAUAUGGAAUGCAGAAAUAUUAAACUACUUAAUGAGAUGUUCACAGAGAUUGAACCGUCCGAUCAAAGACUGCAAAAAGCAAAAAUUAUUGUGCUGCAACCUCAGUGCUCUGGAUCUGGUGUGAGUGAUCCAGUAGAUUUUAUUCUAAAUGAACAAGGAGACACCACAUUGCUCCAGAACUUCUCUCAAGGAUCUGUGCCCACUGACAAACUCAAUCACCUUGCAAAUCAGCAACUUCUUCAGCUAAACCAUGCAAUGAAAUUUAGUAAAGUGCAAGCAAUUGUGUACUUCACUCUCUCGGUUUAUGAAGAAGAAAAUGAACAUGUAAUAAAUCAAGCCUUGGAGUUAAACUUUGGAAAUAUUAAAGGUCGAUCAUAUAGGCUUGGGAGUUCCAUCAUUCCCUUCUACACAACAUCAGAACCCUUACCUGCCGCUGAUCAUUUUUUUAGGAUUCAGCCUUCAGAGACUACAAACGGGUGUUUUCUUGCUAUUCUAACCAGAGAGAGAGAUCCAGUUGAUUCAGCUAAAGAUGUAUUGGCCCGAGCUGCUGCCAAGGGAUUACUUCAAGGUAUUGAAAUCUCAUCAGCAAGAGGGGACAAGAAAAAGAGAUCGAAAAUGGCUGUAUCCAAAGCCAUCGCAAAGCCCACUUCUAUUACACAAACAAAUAUUGCAGAGUUCCUGAACAGAGAAAAUGGUUCUACAUCUGCAAAAGUAUCAACAUCUAAACAAGAUCCACUUGUCUCUCAAAAUAGCCAACAUAACAUCAGCAACAUCCAGUUAAAGAAAACCUCAAAGCAAUCAUCUUUUCCCACUGCACCAGCAGCAAUGAAAAAUACAAGCUACUUCACUGCUCCAAAGGUUGCAGAUCGCCAAAUAAUGUUUACAAGGCAAAGAGCCGAAGACAAAAUGAUUUUAUUGAAACCAAUGCAGAUUCUGUUGCCACCGGUGUCAAUGCCACUUUACAGCGACUCAACAGUUGCAAAAGUUCGGAGUCCCAUCCAGUGUUAUCCGAGAUGGCAUUCUGGAGUACGUAGCAACUUACAAAGGGCAUUUACCCCGACACUGUCCAUUGUUGGCAAGCCCAAAGAAACUCUAACACUUAAUGCGCUCCGACACCCCAAACCUUGGCAUUGAAGACUAUAUUUUGUAACAUUUUUCAUGAUAUGCUAAGAUACAGUUUGUCAAUAGAUAAUGAAUGGAAGGGGCAGUGGGUACAAUAAUCAUGAAAGAAAAAUAGGAAAUAGGAAGACAUUAAUAUUUUUCUUUUGCUAUUGUUUUGUAAUAGUGUUUCAUUUUAUUACUUAA